AUGGAAUCAAUUACGGAACCGCAAAACGCAAAUGAAACAUCUGCUGGCAGCCUGGGUCUUGGUGCUGCUCUUGCGGUUGCCUAUGACCUAACGGAAGACCCCAAUUUUUCCCAGCAAAGCUAUUCACAUCCAGAGGCCUCAAGUGUACCCAUUGCAACCGCAACUCCGUCAAACGGGGUUAUCGUUUUUUCAAAAAACGGUUACUAUGCCCCACUUUCUCCACAAGCUCAACCCGUCAGGUACCACGCCGGGGAUCCUUACUGGGCUGUAUCUGGCUGCCCGCAGCCAAUUCUGCAGCCCACCCAAACAUCGGUGAUAUCCGCUGGAGUUCCCAUGACGGCCUAUCUUAACCCAAUUCCCGUUUCUUCUCCCACUUCCGUUCGUGGGCCAGAAAAUGGACCAUUCUUCCUCCAAGCAGUUCCUCAGCAUCCUCCAACAUCGGAAAACACCGGAUAUCCAGAGGGUGGACCUGCUUCCGAAUCCACCAUGUCCACAGACUCAAUGCUUUCUAUCAGAUCGGACACUGUACCGAAUUACCAACCUACCGAAAUGGGCUACACAAUUAAGCCGGUAACUCAGCCCUCCGUCAUACCUAAUCCUCCGCACCAUAUUGUAAAUAAUGGCGGUACCAACAAUUCCAACACUCGGCGACACGAAGACCAAAGACAUGCAGCGGUGCCUUCCACAGGAUCUGACGAUGGAUUGUACGAAUUGUCAGAGGAGGAUGUCAAGGAAAUAGAUGAUAUGCUGACACAAAAUCCCCAGGUAACCUCGAGUCGGCACUGGAAGUACUACGUGGAGACUAAUGAGUGGACACGGGCGACGUGUGCGCUCAUGGCCUGUCUCUUCUCGCGCGACCAGAUGGCGAACUCGACGGUUCUUGGACGCGGCGGAUCCCAGAGAGAGCGCCUGCCGACUAACCUCGUCGCCUACGUUGUCACGAAAAUGCGACGUCGCUUCAACAAGUCAGCGGCCGCUGUUCGCGCGCGGAUGGCCCAGAAGUGCAAGGACGAGCGUCGUUUCGGGCGUGUCCUUCCCUCCGGUGUGAUCGCCACCAAUUCGGAUCGAAGUCAACCUGCUGCGGCCACCACGUCCAGACAGUCGGCUCUCAAUCGUCGGCGGAGCGCGACGUCUGCAGCCAACGGUCCGCUUGCAAAGAGUCAGCGCCUCUCCGUUGCUGCUGCUCCUCAUCCCUCUCUUCCUCCGCCUCCUCCUCCGCCGCCGCCACCACCGCCUUCCUCCUCCGUCUGUCCGGCCCCCCUUCCACAGGAGUGCUACUUAAGCACUCCCGUCCCUCCUGCGACGAAUUCGGCGUCUGGCGUGCACGAUCCACCAGUGAUUUUGGCCUCCGCGCCAGAAAUGGCCAGCUGA